CGCUCAACAGGCAAAAUGUCGAUGCUUUCGGCGGCCGCGUUGUUAGAUGAAUUAAUGGGGGUCGAUAGAGAUCGAGCCCCCAAUGAGAAAAAGACUGCCCUACAUUGGUCUGAUCCUCAGGUUUGCAAAUACUUCCUUUGUGGAUUUUGUCCUUCCCAGCUCUUCGUUAAUACUAGAUCUGACUUGGGCCCUUGUGAAAAGGCACAUGAUGAUCGGUUGAGAAAAGAGUAUCAAGAAAGUGGUCGUUUCAAAAAAAUGAGGUAUGAAGAGGAAUUUCUGAGGUAUCUUCAAAACAUUAUGGCAGAUGUGGACAGACGGAUCAGGCGAGGACAUACCAGAUUGAACCUCAGUCGUGCACAGGAAGAGAAGGAAUUGGCAAGUGGCAAGCCAGACAGUGAAAAAAUCAAAAUGCUUACCGAGAAGAUUAAUGCUUUGUUAGAGCAGGUUGAACAAUUAGGGUGUGAAGGAAAGGUGGAAGAAGCACAAGGUGUUAUGAAAUUGUGUGACCAGCUAAAGAAUGAGCGCGAGGCUCUCCAAAUGCAAUCGCGUGACCUUAACUUAAUGUCUGCUCAAGAAAAGCAAAUGGAAGUGUGUGAAGUUUGUGGUGCUUUUCUUAUCAUUGGUGAUGCACAAACUCGAGUUGAUGAUCACUUACAGGGAAAGCAGCAUAUGGGUUAUGCCAAGAUCAAAAGUACCAUUGAGGAACUCAAGAAUAAAAGGAACGAAAGGUCUCGGUCUAAAUCCAAAGAGGCGAUGGAAAAAGAUGAAGGUUCUGAAAAAAAGCGGGAGAGGGAAGGAGAACGGAGCCGUGACCGGGACCGUGACGGGAGAAAGGACCGUGACAGAGACCGUGAUAGGGAUCGUGACGCUCGAGGACGCGAAAAGGAUCGUGACAGAGAUCGUGACAGAGAUCGUGACAGGGAUCGUGACCGAAGGAGAGACCGUGAUCGUGACAGAGACCGUGACCGCGAUAGGGAUCGUGACAGGGACAGGGACAGGGAUAGGGAUAGGGACAGGGACAGGGACAGGGAUCGUGGCAGGGACCGUGAACGUAGAAGGGAUCGUGAUCGUGAUCGUGACAGAGAUCGUAGCAGGGACCGUGACCGGGAUCGUGACCGGGAUCGUGAUCGUGACAGAGACCGUCAUCGUGAUAAGGAGCGUGAUGGUGAAAAGGACCGAGAUCGUGACAGGGAUCGUGAGAGAUCAAGGGAAAAGGAGAAGCGGCGUGUUGAGAAAGAUGAAACGAAAGACGGAGAUGGAGAAAAACUCGAGGAAAAGGAGAACGAAAAUGGGGAAGAUGAGAAAGAAGCCGCGGUCGAGAAGAUGGAAGGAACCGAUGAAGGUUACGACAACCAGGAGAAAGAUAAGUCCGUCAGAUCUCGAAGCAGGUCACGUGAGAGAGAAGAACACCACGACAAGACUGGGUCCUCGUCCCCAAAGAGCAGGUCUCGAUCCAGGUCCCCUCUAUAGUGUGCAAGUCCAGUGAAUCAUACCGCAGACCAGAAAAGUGAUGGAGAGCAAGCCCUGUUUUUUACUGAAAAGUUGUCAUUUCUAGUAGGUUAGUUUACUAUAAGACGAAAACAUCUUAAAUUCUAGGGUUCGGUUUUACGUUUAGUUACCAUGAGCUUCAGUAAAUUUAUAGUGUUGCCAACCCGUAGAACAUAAACAUAUUUCUCAGAGGUUCGUUGUUAAGAGCCUGCUACAUGUGUGUGUUACUCGAGGAUUUCAUUGCAAACAAUCCUUCAACUUUCCUUUGAGCGAUGUCCUUUUCAGACACCCCUAAAAGUAUAGAAAGGUUUUGAACCAAGUUUUGUCUGUGAUUGGACCGGUGUCUUGAACAUUGUGGAAGAUUGGAGUUCUGCAGUGGCCACAGCAUUCAAGAUGGCGGGUCCAUGAUGAAAUGAAGAUAGUUCAGGUUGUUCGCCAUCUUUAGUAUCUCGUGUAGUUAAGUGGUAGCUACAACUUUCGCUCACUUAUAAUAAACCAGAAGGCACCUAGAUAGUUCUUUCCUUCCUUAGAUGGUCGAAUCCUGCAACAAGAUAGUACACUCUUGUAUUUAGGUUGAAUAAAUCAAUUCCUUUGGUGAAAA